AUGGCGCUUCCCCCUUCAAGAACAACUCAAACAAAAAACGUCUUUUUCAACGGCGCGCGGCUGAGGGCCCCGUCCCUGCCUCCCCGGCGUCCCGCUGCUGCUGCUGCUGCUGCUGCUGCUGCUGAGGACGGGGGCGCUGCAGCAGAGCAGCAAGAAAGUGUGGGGCCCUUCAGCCCGCAACUCGUGCUGCACCCUCUUGUGAUUUUGGGGUCUUCUGCUUCCGAAGCGAAUUCGGCAUUGGAACCAGAAAGAAGUCCUUUUGAAGGAUUUGAAUUUUAUUCUUCAAUAAGCGAAGCUCUCGCGCAGCAGCAGCAGCAGCAACAGCAGCAGCAGCAGCAGCGCUCCACGGACGCAGCAGCAGCAGCAGGAAAAGCGAAAAAGCAGAAACCGGCCCCUGAAAGCGCCCCGGCGGCUCAACCCGAAACCCCCAAGUUAAGUGACAGUACACUCGAAGGCCAGCGCUGCACAGACUGUCUUUUGCGUCUUGACGGAUUUGUAGAACCUUUAAAAAGAGAAAAGUACAUUCCUGCUGCUGCUGCUGCUGCUGCUGCUGCUGCUGUUUCGCGGGCCCCUGCGCCUGCUGCACCGAAACCCCCUCGUGCUGCUGCUGCCAAAUCCGUUAUUACAACAACCCCACCGAAGCCGCCGCCCCCUCCGCCUGAGCCUGAGCCCAAGCCAGCAGCAGCAGCAGCAGCAGCAGCAGCAGCAGCAGCAGCAGCAGCAGCAGCAGCACCCCCGCCACCGCCUCCCCCUCCACCCCCGCCACCGCCUCCCCCUCCACCCCCGCCGCCGCCGCCGCCGCCGCCGGAGCCAAAAGCAGCAGCAGCAGCAGCAGCAGCAGCAGCAGCAGAGCAGCAGCCGCCGCCAGAGCCUAAGAAGGACCCCGUGAGUCAUUCUGAGACACCAGCUGCUGCUGCUCCUGCUGCUGCUGCUCCUGCUGCUCCUGCUGCUGCCUCUGCUGCUCCCGUUGCUCCUGCUGCACCUCCCCCAGAAUCCCCGAGAAAGGUUGCUGUCUCUAUCCCCCCCAAGCAGAAGGAGCCAGCAGCAGCAGCAAAGUCCGCAGCAGCAGCAAAGUCCGCAGCAGCAGCAAAGUCCGCAGCAGCAGCAAAGUCCGCAGCAGCAGCAAAGUCCGCAGCAGCAGCACCGGAGCCCGAGCCGAAGGCGGAGCCCAAAGCAGCAGCAGAGCCAGCAGCAGCAGCAGAGCCAGCAGCAGCAGCAGCAGAGCCUGCAGCAGCAGCAGAAGAGCCGCCGGCGUCUCCGGCGACGUCGGAGGCGAGCCGCAGCAGCAGCAGCAGCAGCAGCAGCCGCAGCAGCAACAGCAGCAAGCAGCUGCAGCAAUCCGUAAUAAUUCAACCUGUGGGGCCCCAGAAAGAAGGCGAAGGCCCCGAGAGCGACGGCUGCGCUGUUGCAGCAAACGAAGAGCUGGGGCUUGCUGCUGCUGCGCCGCAGCCUGCUGCUGCUGCUGCUGCUGCUGCUGCUGAAAGCCACAAAAUCAUCAAAAAAUGGACUAAAGCAGCAAUUAGAAUUUCUAGAGUUCAAAGACUUUACUACAAAUUCGCUCAUGCCUUUCAACUCGGAGUUGUCAAAACGAGGGUUUACUGCGUCGCCUUCCACGACGGAGAAGACCUCGACUACAUGUCUCUCCUUUCUUCCCACCGAACUGAAAUUGCAAAACCCCAAAACGAUUCGGAGUUUCCCAAAAGCCGAAUUAGCUGCAACUUCAGAAGAACAGUUGUCUUGCCCUUCGACGCGUCUUCGCCGGUGCUGCGCAUUGCGGUGGUUUUGGUGAUGGGCAAAAAAAACGAGAAAACCCAGCAAGGCGAAUUCAUGCGCAGAGUUGCGGGAAUUACAAAACCAAUUAAUGUUGAACAAACCCGAGAAAGAUUGUCGGAAAUCAACGCCUGGCCGCUCUACGUGCCGCAGGAGGUGAUGGGCGUGGCGGCGGUGCCGGAGCCGACGCUGGUUGGCGCUGUCUUCCUCACCCUAAAAGGAUUCUCCGGCGCCGAAGGCCCAGAAUUAACCCCAGAGAAAGUCUUGAGCGCGUCGUACGACUUUUCUGGUGGCCCCGCUGCUGCUGCUGCUGCUGCUGCUGCUGCUGCUGAGCCGAAGAAGGCAGCAGCAGCAGCAAAAGAGCAAAAGACUCCUUGGUACGAGUUUUUGAACCCUUUCAAGGCGCGGAAAAAGGAAACAGCAGCAGCUGCAGCAGCAGCAGCAGCUGCGAAGGAAACUUCGGGUGUACGUACACUCGACUCGUUCGCGCUGCUGCCGCAGCCCGAGAGGCACAAGUCCAUUUAUUUGAAACUUUUGGCUCCCCAAAAAGCCCCUUCAACGCAAAGUCCAAAUAUAGAACUCCAUUCAAUUAAAUCUCCCGCGCUGCAGCAGCAAAAAGGGCCGCUGGAUGCAGCAGCGCUGCAGCCGCCCAGCAGCAGAGGGAAGCCCAAGGCAGCAGAGAAAGCGAAGCCGAAGGCAGCGGCGGGCCCCCCGCCUGACGCAGCAGCAGCAGCAGCAGCAAAACAAAGCAGAGCAGCAGCAGCAGCAGCAAAAGACCCAGAAGCAGCAGCAGCAGCUGGGAAGAGCGGCAGCUUGGCCUCGCAGUUUGCUGCUGCCUCCAGCGCCCCACCUAAGAAGCAAGGUGCUGCUGCUGCUGCUGCUGCUGCUCCGGGCAAAGAAGCAAAAAGUAUAAAUAUAAAUAAAAGUUCAAGUUUGAAAAAAGAAACAAGUGCAGAAAAAGCUGCAGCAAAAGAGACUCUAAAACGCACCGUCACGGCCAAGUCCAGUGCAGCAGCAGCAGCAGAAGAAGCAGCAGCAGCAGCAGCCACGAAAGCCAGCAAAGCAGCAGCGCCCGCAGAUGCAGCAGCAGCAAAACACAGCAAAGCAGCAGCACCGGGAGCAGCACUUAACCAGAGCAAAGCAGCAGCAGCAGCAAACCAAAGCAAAGCAGCAGCAGCAGCAAACCAAAGCAAAGCAGCAGCAGCACUAAACCAGAGCAAAGCAGCAGCAGUACUAAACCAGAGCAAAGCAGCAGCAGCACUAAACCAGAGCAAAGCAGCAGCAGCAGCAGCAAAGCCAAGCAACACAGCAGCAGCUGCAGCACCAAGUCAGGGUAAAGCAACAGCAGUAGCAGCAGCAAAACCGAGCAAAGCAGCAGCACCUCCAACAAUAGCGAUAAACCAGAAUAAAGCAGCAGCAGCAGCAAAGCCGGGCGCAGCAGCAGCACCAGCAGCAGCAGCAAGCCCGAGCAAAGCAGCAGCAGCAGCAGCAGCGGGCACUCCAAAGACAGCUUCCGUCUCGAAAUCAACAAUGCCAGGCAGCAAGAACGCAGCAGCAGCAGCAGCAGGAAAUAAUAAAGCAGCAGCAGGAGCAGCAAAGACGCGGGUUUUAUCGAAGGGGAUUUUGGCGCAGCAAGCGGCAAGAAAAGCAGCAGCAGCAGCAAAAAGCUAA